AUGGAAUCAACCCACGAGCCCGCCGACCCUGUCGCCAAGGGCAUCCUCCCCACAGCCCGUCAGUCAUGGAAGGACCUCUUCAUCUGGAAGCAGCGCGUCGUCGUGACCAACGUGUACGGCGAGACUGCAACAGAAUGGGCAAAACCCGUGCCUCUGAAGAACCCCAUCAGCUUGCUCGCCCAGCUCUCAGGCCGUGACUGGAUCUGCUUUACGGUCGGAUUCUGCGCCUGGAGUGCCGAUGCCUUUGACUUCCAUGCCUUGUCCAUCCAGCAGGUCAAGCUGGCGGCCUACUAUGGAGUCAGCAAGACCAGUGUGUCGACGGCGAUUACGUUGACGCUGCUGCUUCGGUCGAUUGGUGCCGCUGCGUUUGGUCUGGCGGGUGAUCGAUGGGGGAGAAAGUGGCCGAUGGUGGUCAACAUGAUUGUUUUGGGCAUCUUGCAGAUUGCUACCAUCUACAGCUCGACAUAUUCGCAGUUCCUUGGUGUGAGAGCUUUGUUUGGAUUGUUCAUGGGUGGAGUGUACGGUAACGCCAUUGCAAUGGCCUUGGAGAACAGCCCGGUCGACGCCCGAGGUUUGAUGUCAGGUAUUCUCCAGCAAGGUUACGCCUUUGGUUAUGUGUGCGCCGCGUGCGCCAAUCUUGGGGUCGGUGGUGAUACCGAUAGCUGGAAGACCGUGUUUUGGAUUGCUGCUGGUUUGUCCAUUGGUGUUGGCAUCAUCCGCUGCUUCUUCCCCGAGUCCAAGCAGUUCCUUGAGGCACGCAAGGAAGGCAAGGCGCACGCCAACCCGUCCCAGUUCUGGAGGGAAACUAAGGUGAUGCUUCGCCAAGAGUGGAAGAUGUGUGUCUACUGCUGCAUUUUGAUGACUUGGUUCAACUACUACAGCCACACCUCCCAGGACAAUUACACCACCUUCGUACUUAGAGCGAAGGAACUGGAUAACUCGGGCGCCAGCCGUGCCAGUAUCAUCAUGAAGGCCGGCGCUUGUGUGGGCGGUACCAUCAUUGGCUACCUCAGCCAAUACUUUGGCCGCCGGCGGACCAUCAUUGUUUCCUCGCUCAUCAGCGGCUGUCUGAUCCCCGCAUGGAUCCUUCCCAAUUCCGAGCGCGCGCUGUCCGCCACCGGCUUCUUCAUGCAAUUCUUCGUCCAAGGAGCUUGGGGGGUCAUCCCAAUCCACCUGAACGAGCUUGCGCCGCCCGCAUUCCGCUCCUCGUUUCCCGGAAUCACGUACCAGGUCGGCAACAUGGUGUCGUCCCCGUCCGCACAGAUUGUUAAUGCCGUGUCGGAGAAGAUCCACAUCAUCAGCCAUACCGGAAAGCUGGUCGAGGCCUAUGGCCCGACUAUGGGCACUGCUACUGCGAUUAUUGUGAUGGGCAUCGUGGUCACCACGGCAUUUGGGCCCGAGAAGAGGGGUAGAGAGUUUGAGAAGGCACUGCCGGCGGGUAUGAACCUCCAAAAGCAGCAUGGUAAGCAGUUGGACGAUUUGGAGACGGGUCAUAUGGAGAUGGUGGCGAGUGAGUUGGAUGAUGAGAAGAGGGAGGGACGGGCAGUUCAGUAGAUGGAGAAUACUGCUGCCCCUGCCAAACAAUGAGCGUCGGGUGGCUUUCACAACACUUGGAAUCCAUGGUGAUGUUCCGGGGCAUGACGACUUCGUGUGCAUGUCCAUUCGAGAUAAUGAU